ACACUGGAGCGCUGGAAUAAUAACAAGCGAAAUAAACUCUUCCAAAACAUUCCUACCACCUUGCAGUGGGGGACCUUGAGUCAGUCAGUGUCUAUGGUCAAGGUGUUUCGGUUCGCGUUUUUAAAGUUCUGAAAGUGGUGCGGAAGUUUUGAUCCAUUGAAACGUGAAGAAGAGAACGCGGUGAAUUGCAGACGAAACAAAACAAAAAUUAAAAAAAAGAAGCAAAAAUGGAUGAGAGCAGCGAAGUUGUGUUGUACAUCUACGACUUGACCCAGGGUAUGGCCGCAAUGAUGUCUCAGAUGCUGCUAGGUCGUCAAAUCGAAGGAAUUUGGCACACGGCGGUCGUCGUGUUUGGCCGGGAGUACUUCUUCGGCUCACAGGGCAUCACCAGCUGCGCACCGGGAACGACAGUGCUCGGUCAGCCGCUGCGGAAGGAAGUGAUCGGUCAGACGUUUAUUCCCCACUCGGUGUUUACGGAUUACGUGCGUGGCCUGGCGGAAAGUACCUUCAGAGGCUCCAACUACAGCCUGCUCAAGCACAACUGCAACAGCUUCAGCGAGGACCUGUGCCAGUUCCUGUGCGGCGUCGGCAUCCCCAAGUACAUCCUCGAUCUUCCCCAGGAGUUUCUCGCGACGCCGUUGGGCCAAACGCUUGGACCGCUCAUCGAGAGUCUCGGCGCGGGUGGCGAUCCGACCGGCAACUUCCAGUACGAGUCGGAGUUUCUCAACGGUGGUCCUCGGGCGGCCAGUCCGGGCCUUGAGCAGCUCAACAGCCAGAUCGAGGCGGCGCGGCAACAGUCGCAGGAGCUAAACGAGCGACGUAGCAAGAUCAAGGACAAGAUCGACAAGAAGAACCGCAAAAAGGAGAAGAAAGCGAAGCGGGACGGAACGCGGAGCUCACCGGGGGACAGCAGCGAUCAGAACUCGUCGGCCGGAAUGUCCGAGGGAGAGCAGGCACCGGAGGCGCUGAAUGGCGUCAAUGGUGGGGAAAACGGUGCUAACGGCAUUCCGCCGGAGAUGUUGCCGUCGGAGAAGGUUCUGAAGGAGGAGGAAGCGGAACGGUUGGCCGAGGAGGAGCGCAAGAAGAACCGCGAGCAGCCGAUCAUCUUCAAGGAAGUCGAUCCCAAACUGGAGCUCGAAUGUCUGGUCAACCUGGUGGACGGGAAGCUCUCCGAAGAGGAACAGGUCGCGGUCGAUGAGCUUCACCAGUAUCUUCUGCUUGGCGAUGGAGCUUGGGCGCUCGGGGAUGGCUUCCUCGUCUUCGUGGGUCGCAUGUUCCGCGAUCAGUCACUGUCGACGGAGGUGCGAGUGCAUUUGCUGAGGGCACUGGCGAACGCGGCCCUCAAGGACGACAUCAUCCUGCUGCUGCACCAGGACCGACGGGAGCACGUGCUGAUGAACUUUGCCCAGGACAUUGACAAGCACCCGCCGGAGGAGCAGCAAGCGAUGGCGCUGUUUAUGUGCAACCUGUUCGAGAACGACAACGCGUCCGAGUGGCUGCUGUACAUCUGGUGGUCGUACCUGAACCAGACCACGUCCAACAUCCGCGCCACGACCAAGGUGGCGGUCCACUGUCUGCUGGCCGCCUGUCCCCGACUGAAGGAAAUUGGCACAGCGCUGGUCCACAAUCUAGCCUGUAAGGAAGUCAAAACUGUGGUAUUCGACGACGUUGCGGUGGAAAUCUCGAUGGCCCUGCUGCAGUUCUUCAACUCGGAACCCACCGAGGAGCACCUGUUCCGGACGAUGAAAGCGCUGGCCAAGUUCACGAUGGUUUCGCCGGACGUGCCGCAGUUCAUCCAGAUGAUUGGACCCCACCCGAAGACGAUGCGAGGCAAGAGCGAGCGAAUCAACGAGCUGAUUGACCAGAUUUCCAAGAAAGUUCGCUAACCUAAUUUGCUAACGUUUAAUUUAUUUAAAUUUAUCAGACUAGUAACAUGUAACGGAAAUUUUUAACUCAAACCUUGAAAGAAGCGGUGGCCAUCGUGAAGAGCCAUACCGUUCCGAUCAGCGCGUUGUCCUGCAAAUUGGAACUGCAUUUUCCGGAACUGCAAUUACCUAACCUUACCUUAGCCCUCUAAUGAAUACCAAAUUAUAAACAACACCUGAAUAACACACACUUACAACACUUUUAAUCACACAACAACACGCAGACACCCAUACUACACACAUAAACACUAGACGGCGUAAUUUGAACUACUCAAUUGUUGAUUAAAAUGUAGCAACGAAAAGAAAAGGCGUUUUUGUUUUAAACAACGGUCUGGAAUAAUUAAACUUGUCCAAGGUCAAGGCAUUAUACAAAUAAAUGAUAUUUUCAAAAAAGGUGAA